CGGUCAGUCUGCUCUCGUCGUCCUCUGUGUGUGUUCCUUCCAAACUACGAAAAGCAAAACGUCUUUAGGGCUCCAAUCCCACACACUCUCUCACCCCCUCAAAUUAACACGACGACUCCCUCACCUUCAAUCUCAGCUUUCUCUCUCCUCCUCCUCCUCCUCCGCCACCGCGUUCGAUUCAACCCCAAAUGGACGAGUCCUACUCCGGCCUCCCCACCAGCCACUUACUCGGCUCAGUUCCCGCUGUUGUAGGUGAAGAUAAAGACAAGAGCUCCACAAGCUAUGAAGCACCUGAAGCUAAUUUGCAAAUCUUCCCCCCAAAUAGUGGAGGAGACAGAGGGCGCGGCGGUUAUCAAACUGUUGGAGGUCCAAGUGAAACAUUUGAAGAACAACCAGCAAACAACUGGAGGGGAGUAUUUAAUGUUGCAUCAUACACACAAUAUUUCAAUGUGGAUACGGACAUUGUCUUGAACAGAUUACUAAGUUCUUUGUUUCCCCACACUGGAGAUUUUUUCAGCAAAAUUGAUGCCAAUCCUGAUCUAUAUGGGCUAAUAUGGAUCUGCACUACAUUAGUGUUCGUGCUGACUUCUCUUGGAAACUGUGCCACCUACCUAAUGGACAAGCACACUGAUACCACUACUUCUUGGGUCUUUAAUGUCAGUUAUAUGAGUUUGGCAGCCUGUUCAGUCUAUGGUUAUGCAAUUUUGGUCCCCUUGGCGUUUUAUUUUUUGCUGCAGUAUAUGGGUGCAAAAACUAGCCUUGUUCGAUUCUGGUGUAUGUGGGGAUACUCUCUCUUCAUUUUUGUUGUAGCAUCUUUUUUGUUACUUAUCCCAGUUGAGGCUCUUCGAUGGAUCAUUAUAGUUCUUGUCGGUGCUGCAUCUGGUUCCUUCGUUGCUUUGAAUCUCAAGUCUUAUAUGGAGGGGAGUGAUUUUACAAUAGUGGUGAUCGCUGCAUUUCUCUUGCAAUUGGCUCUGGCAAUCUUCUUUAAGGUUUACUUCUUCCCAUGAGUGUUACUAGGCAGUGGGCACAGUCCGUCUCUGAAAUCCUGAAUUUGAAGCAGCUCUGAUUUCUGGAUAUAAUAUAGAAGCGACUGGAGUGGCACUUAGGACAACGGUUUUGCAAGUGUGUUGGAAUUACUCACUUGUUUGGAUUGGAUUUCAGUGAAGAGUAGGAGGCAUGGCAUUUUGUAAUCCAUGCUUUUCUCAAUCUUGGAAUUUUCUCCCCUAAACCUGAUUUUGUAAACAAAGACUGUAUGCAGAGAUGUAGUAGUUGUUGUAGUACUUGUUACAUCUAGUUGAUUUCUUAUUUUUACCUAGCA